GUAGCACAGAUUUGAGUCCGUAUAACAACUGGUGGUUUGUGUUUGAAAAUACGGCUUGGCUCCGUGCAAUUUUGGAUAAUUUUGCAGAAAAUUGUAAAUAUUCGGCAAGUAUUCUUUGUUAAAAUUGUUUACAAGAGACAAAGGUAUUAUUGUGCAAGUGAAAUUGUAAGUAAAAGUGAAGUAAAAUCGGCAGAAAUAGUUGAAAUGAGUGCGCUUAGCGUCAUGAGCAGCAAAAGAGGUGGGGGCCAAUUUGACAAUUUGAGAGAGCAAUGUCAACGGGCUCAGUUUUUGGAGCACCAAGACGAAAACAUGCCCCCAAAAGUGAUCCAGUCACCAAAAGUGGAUGGUCGUCUGUCAUCAUUGCAAGUCGAGAGCCACCUCAAGUUCCGACUGCAGAGUGCUCUGGCCAGUACAUCGGCUUCGGUCAGACUCAAAGCCAUCCGGGCGAUAAAUACUGGUGAAAUGGACAAAUUCACAUCAUUCGACGUCCCUCACACAACCCAGGAAAUUGUGACAGACGAAGAGCGUCAGCAGGCAGCUAUGAUGCCCGAGAAGACAUUCCAGGAAGUGAUGGAUGGCGUCCGGGUGUACGUGGAAGUGAGGAGCGGCAGAGAGGAUAGAACUGAGGCAAUCAAGGCUGUUAUAGCAGGGAAGGGAGUCAAGGUGAACGACAGAUUGCUGCGCAAUACUACACACAUCAUCUUCAAAGAGGGCAGACUGUCGACGUACAAAACUGCCCAGAAAUGGAACAUCCCCAUUGUGUCAAUCUUGUGGUUUGAAGCCUGCAAGAACUGCUUGUGUCUUAUGGAUCCGGAAAGAUUCCGGCCGGAUGGUCUUGAUCGAUUUGAGCACCCGGAACUAUACAAAAUUAAGAGGACAAAGUUCUUCCGCUGCGAAAGCGAGAGCCCCCUUAGAUUGUCGUCAAAGUCUCUCCUGGUGAAUGGGGGCUCUCCAGCGGUAACACCAAAAGUUCUCUCCAAAACUCACGUUGAUUUGGCCAGGAAUUUUACGCCAUGUGAUACCCCGGAAACGAAGGUGAUCAAAAACAUUCUAGUCACGGCCGGGAAGAAAGAAAAGACUGAAACGCCAGUGACUGAAGUUUUUACAAAAUCAGCAACGAAAAAGACUUUGGAAUUUGAGGCAAUGACCCAGGAUUCCACAAAGAAAGAUACCACCACCUGGACACCAAGACGAUCCACCAGGAGGGCUUCCUGCACAAAUGUCCAGACGUUGGAGCUGUCAGACACUCCCACUCCGUUCAAGUCUCUGAGGAAGUCCAUGAGCAUGGAAUUGACGCUUCCGGAGGAGAAAUUGACCAUUUCCAAGUUGGACAAUAUCUCUGAGGAGACGGAGGAGAUGGAAGUAACUGGGAUUGCUCUGCCGGAACGUCGGACAAUUCUGCAGAGGGAGUCAAUGGUUGAGAGUCCGGAUGCUGGGAAGGAGAAGAAUGGAGAGGAAAAGGAGAAGGCAAAUAAUCGCUGGACGCAGAAUAAUGGGGAGGCUAAGAUGGAUAUAAUUGAGGAUGAUAAGUCCAUUUUCACGCCCAACAGGAUCAUUUUCAGUUCAACUGCUACUCCCGGAAGUUCCAGGAGAGCCACAAUAUUCCAUCACAGGCUGGAAAUGAUCAAUCAGGAGGCCAGGAAAGCCAGUCAGGUGAAGGAAUUUGAGGAUUUGCCACCAACGCCAAUCAGGCAGGAUACAGAAAUUGAUACAGUCAAAGCUAAGCCACGCAGGAGGACUCUCUGCCCUCUGCCGACAGUUAAUUUUUUCCCCGAGGAAAAGGAAGAGUCCCAAGCCAAGCGCCGAAAGCUCUUUAACCCAUCGGCCAUCAAUGAAGCUCCCAAGACUCCCAAAUCCCAUCCACAGCCCAAAACGCCAAAGAAAACACCCGGGAAUACUCAGAAAUCUUCCCAAUCGUCCCAGUUGAUGAAGAAAAAUGACAAAAGGCGCAGUACUUUGGACUUCGAAACGGAAGCCAGGAAGACUGAAGCUGCCAAGAAGACAGUGCCAACGCUCGUUAUCACGAAUGUCUACGGGAAGGACAAGGAACUGGUGGAGGAGGCAGUUAAGAAACUGGGAGCAUUUCAGAUGGAACGGACUGUCACCAGGGCAACUAGUCAUCUGGUGUGCCUGAAUCCUGGACGGACGUUCAACAUGAUGCGUGCUCUGAUUCGCGGAGUGUGGAUUCUCAGCCUGGAUUGGGUGAAGGAGUCAGUGGCUGCUUCUAGGUGGCUUCCCGAGGAACCUUUUGAGCUCAAGAACUUCGCUCCAGCAGUAAAGAUGAACCGCUGCGAGCGCCAGCUGCUGGGCAACAGCUACAAGAUGGACCUGCUGCGCAACUUUGAUCCCAUCUACGUCUCUCCCCGCUGCAGUGUCGGCCUCAAGGAGACCCAGGAGCUCAUUGUCCUCUGCGGCGGUCGCAUAGCCACCAAAUCUGUGGCCAAGUACAUCCUGGGCGACAGAGAAACCAACUGCCCUCCAGGCACCAUCUGCCUCAAUCCCAACUGGCUCCUGGCCAGUAUCCUGGCCCGCCAGCUUCAGCCUCUUUCAACAUUUCAGAUUUCCAGGGAAUAAUAAAAGAAAAAAAACAGGAAUUUGUGGGCGCCUCCAAUUUAUUUUUUUUUAAACACCACUUUUACAUUAAAGACAUGGUGAGAUUUUUGCCUUUCCAGUCCAAAAUUCCUUGUUUAUUCUUUUUAUUUUUAAAUAUUUCACAAGAUUAUAAGUAAUUUUUUUUCUCUGAUAAAAACAAUUCUCCAAAAAUAAUUAAACGAAAAAUGAAGUUUAGAGAAAUUUUUUGCAGGGUUAAAUUGUGGGGAAGUUUUUUUUUCUGAGUGAAAUAAAAGUUUUUUUUUUCAUAUAAAA